AUGGCUGCUUCUACGGCGCGUAGGUCUAGUGUCACGCCCAUGAGCGUAGAAGAGGUGGUCAAGCAAGCCGGAAGCUUCGAGUACAACUCCCAGAUACCGCUCAGAUACUGGCUUAGGAGUGCUGACACCAUACGAAAGGAGGCUCAAAUCUAUGAGCGCGAAGGCAACGACCAACAGACGUACCUCCUCCUCUUUCGGCAUGCUAUCCUCGUGCUCGAGAAGCUCUCAAAGCAUCCCGAAGCCAGAAACCCGGAGCAUCGACUAGCUUUGGCAGCAGCGAACGCAAGAGUGUCCCAGGACCUGGCGAAACUGGAGGUACUCAGACCUGGAAUCAACGACCGGCACAGCAAAUACCUCGCGGCCGUCGCCCGGCGCGAUGCGCAGAGGCGAGAAUGGGAAAAUCGAAGGUCGGUGCAGCUGGACGGUGCGGACCUAGCUACUGGCUUGAACCGGCUGUCGAUAGAGGGCCGACGAGAGUCCGAUGGUGCGUUACACGGCGCAAAGAAAACGCUGGAGCCAGAGACGAACCGGGACCUGGCUAUCAAGAUAGCGCAUAAGGAAAUUCGGAGGAGAGACCAUGCGCGGCGGGCAGAGCGACAACCGGAUCCCAACUCGCGUCGAAUCAACGACGGUGAAGACGACGACCUCUCUCGCCGAAUCGUAGAGGCAGGCCGGCUAAGAUAUCAGCCUGCCAGUUCGCCAAAAGGCAGGAAAAGCGCCGAUGGGAAGACCUUCAUACCCGAACCGUACCGCUACCCCAACGUCCCACAGAAGAGCGCCUACGAAGUAUGGGGUGAAACCGUCAUGAAGCCUCUACCUCCCAGCGCCGCCAAAGAGGCACCAUCCAGGGGCAUGCUCCGCGAACCUGGCAUACCGAGCAGACCUAACCCUCCACAGCUACCUCAGCGACCACCUAAAGAAACCAACGGCAUCUCCUUAAUGUCUCCACCUCCCCUACCAGAAAAAAACUUCACCUUCAAGCCCUCCGCAACCCUCGAAAACGGCAACCACCUCCGCACCGUCUUCCUCCCCCCAGAACUCCGCCACCAAUUCCUCGCCAUCGCGUACCCGAACACCCAGCGCAAUCUCGAAACCUGCGGCAUGCUGUGCGGGACGCUAAUCUCGAACGCGCUCUUUAUCAGCCGGCUCGUGAUUCCGGACCAGGAGAGCACGAGCGACACGUGCGAGAUGCUGAAUGAGAGCGCGCUGUUCGACUACUGCGAUAGCGAGGAUCUUAUGGUGCUGGGCUGGAUACACACGCAUCCUACGCAGACGUGUUUCAUGAGCAGUCGUGACUUGCAUACGCAUUCGGGAUACCAGGUCAUGAUGCCGGAGUCCAUUGCUAUUGUUUGCGCGCCUAGUAAGGAUCCUUCGUGGGGUAUCUUCCGCCUCACUGACCCACCAGGUCUAAAGACGAUCCUCAACUGCACACAGACAGGCAUUUUCCAUCCGCACACUGUGAGCAAUGUUUACACCGAUGCGCAGAAGCCGGGUCAUGUAUGGGAGUUGCCGGGGCUGGAGUUUCAGGUUGUGGAUCUGAGGGGCAAGUCGUAA